AUGACGCAAGAAGAUAUAAGAUCCCUUGCAACAUUGCGCGAAGAAUGGACAAGUACUCGUAAAUGCAGAGAUAUUUGUUCUCAAGCAGAACAAAACUUAAAAGAGAACGUAAGCGUUAUCGAUAACCACGCUACCGGAAAUGAAGCCGUGCAAUUUCUGGUAUCAAACGGCCAAAAGACAAUACAUGGCAAGAACCGUGGAUAUGGGGACUAUAUCAAACAACUUGGUGGUCAUCUCAGCGACCAGUCAAUCCAGAAGGUAUCCGGCGAUUUUUUGCAGAUGAGUAUUCACAGGUCAGGAUAUGGAGAUCUGGAUAACGCGGUACCUGAAGCCAAAGAUAUGGAUAAGAGAGAAACAAACUGGCGGCCGGAAUACGGUGGGGGUAGGACGCUCAAGUCCCAGCUUGUUGCAAGCGACUCAAGCAAUCAAGCUGAGCUAGGUAAAGCCAAGUUCUGA